CUAUGUGGCUGUGAGCCAAUGUAUUUUCCUUAUUUCUUUUAAGUUGAAUUACCACUACAACAAGAUAAAGGCAUUUUGCAUUUUUCUCCGUCUCUUAUCACUCUCCUGCAAAAUAUGAGACUGUUUCUUUUAUUCUCUUACAGUGCUCUCAUGUUACUUGAUGCAUACGGUUUUACCGAUGAAACUGAUAUGCAAGCGUUGCUCGAGUUCAAGUCUCAAAUUUCUGAAGAAAAAAUAGAUGUCUUGUCCUCAUGGAAUCACUCUUUCCCUCUCUGCAGCUGGACUGGGAUUACAUGUGGCCGCAAGCACAAGAGAGUGAUUGGUUUGGACCUCAAAGGAUUGCAAUUAAGCGGCGUGAUAUCACCAUAUAUUGGUAACCUUUCGUUUCUCAUAUGGCUUAAUCUUUCUGAUAACUCUUUUGGUGGUACCAUCCCACAAGAAGUUGGAAACUUGUUUACACUUGAAUAUUUGAAUUUGGGCUCAAAUAUUUUUGAGGGAGGGAUCCCUGCCCGUCUCUCUAAUUGCUCUAGAUUAUUGGAGCUUCAGCUAGAUUCAAAUUAUCUUGGAGGAGGUGUUCCUUCAGAGCUAGGGUCAUUGACGAAGCUUGUUGAUUUAUAUCUUGGUGGAAACAACUUGAAAGGGAAGCUCCCUCCAUCUCUAGGAAACUUGACAUCCCUCAGAAGUCUUACCAUUGAAAAUAACAAUAUGGAAGGAGGAAUUCCAGAUAAUAUAGCUAGAUUGAAUCAAAUGUUGGUACUUGAUUUAGGAGUGAACAACUUCUCAGGUGUUUUUCCUCCCCCCAUCUACAAUUUUUCCUCACUUAAGUAUUUAUACAUCUCUGGUAAUCAUUUCUCGGCUUUCUUAAGAUCUGAUUUUGGUAAGCUGCUACCAAACCUAGUAGAGUUAAAUAUGGGACAAAAUAGUUUCACAGGAGUCAUUCCAACAACACUUUCCAACAUCUCUCAAAAGUUGGCGAUCAAUGAUAACAAUCUUACAGGAAGUAUUCCUCUAAGCUUCGGAAAAUUACGGAAUUUGCAAUGGCUAUUUCUUUUUAGCAAUUCUUUGGGAAGUUACUCUUUCGGAGAUCUUGACUUUCUGGUUGCUUUGGCUAACUGCACCAAACUAGAGAAAUUAGAGAUUAGUGAUAAUAGGCUCGGAGGUGAUUUACCUAUCUUCAUUACGAAUCUCUCCACGAACCUCUACACUUUAGACCUUGGAUACAAUUUCAUCUCGGGAAGCAUUCCUCGUGACAUUGGGAAUCUCAUAAGCCUACAAAGCCUUGUGUUGCAAGAAAAUAUGUUGACAGGCGCAUUCCCAACUUCCCUUGGUAAAAUUUCUAGGUUGGAGGGAAUAAAUCUCGAUUCAAAUAAAAUGUCAGGAAAAAUACCAUCUUUUAUAGGCAACCUCACUCGGUUGGACAAAUUGUAUUUGUUCAACAACAGUUUUGAAGGAACCAUUCCUCUGAGUCUCAGUAACUGUACUUCUUUGCGGGAGUUAAUCAUUAGGUCUAAUAAGUUGCAUGGGACUAUUCCUCAGGAAAUUAUGCAAAUUCAAUCUCUUCUUCGCCUAGACAUAUCACGUAAUUCCUUGACCGGCUCUCUACCAGAAGAUGUUGGACGACUUGAAUAUCUUGUCUAUCUAUUUGUUGCGUAUAAUAAACUAUCUGGACAUCUCCCACAUUCCUUGGGAAAUUGUCUCGCGAUGGAAACACUUUCGUUGCAAGGAAACUAUUUUGAUGGAGCCAUUCCGGAUAUAGAAGGGUUAAAAGGUGUUAAAAGAGUUGAUUUCUCGAACAAUAAUCUCUCUGGGACUAUACCUGCAUAUCUUGCAAACUUUUCUUCAUUGGAGUAUAUUAAUCUAUCCAUCAACAAUCUCGAGGGAAGUGUGCCAACUGAAGGGAAAUUUCAGAAUGCUACUAUAGUAUUAGUAUUUGGAAACAAAAAUCUUUGUGGAGGCAUCAAGGAAUUGAAACUAAAGCCAUGCUUAAGGGAAGCUCCACCGAUGGGAUCAAAGCAUUCUUCUCGUUCAAAAAGAGUUGUGAUCGGAGUAAGCAUAGGCAUGGCUUUGCUUUUUCUGCUGUUCGUAGCUUCAGUUUCUCUACGUUGCUCCACCGGCGUCACAGGAACCGUCGGCUAUGUCGCACCCGAAUAUGGAAUGGGAGGACAACCAUCAAUACAUGGUGAUGUGUAUAGCUUUGGGGUUCUCCUCUUGGAAAUGUUCACAGGAAAGCGACCAACCAACGAGUUAUUUGGGGGAAACUUCACCCUACACAGCUACACCAAGUCGGCGUGGCCGGAAAGAGUCAUGGAUAUUGCUGACAAAUCAAUUCUUCACAGCGGUCUCAGAGUUGGUUUCCCAAUUGAUGUAUGCUUGACACUGGUUUUGGAUGUGGGACUUAGGUGUUGUGAAGAAGGUCCGACAAACCGUUUGGCAACCAGUGAAGCUGCAAAAGAGUUAAUCUCGAUCAGAGAGAGGGCUUUCAUGUUACUUGAAGCAUAUAGUUUUACCGACGAAACUGAUAGGCAAGCGUUGCUGGCGUUCAAGUCUCAAGUUUCUCAAGGCAAAAGAGAUGUCUUGUCCUCAUGGAAUCACUCUUUUCCUCUGUGUAACUGGAAGGGGGUUACAUGUGGCCGCAAACACAAGAGAGUGACCGAUCUGGACCUUGGAGGAUUGCAAUUGGGCGGUGUGAUAUCGCCAUCUAUUGGUAAUCUUUCGUUUCUUAUAUCACUUAAUCUCUCUGACAACUCUCUUGGUGGUACCAUCCCUCAAGAAGUUGGAAACUUGUUUAGGCUUGAAUACUUGGAUAUGAACUCAAAUAUUCUCGAGGGAGGGAUUCCGGCCCGUCUGUCUAACUGCUCUAGAUUGUUGUUGCUUAAUACUGCUAUAAAUCCUCUUGGAGGAGCUGUUCCUUCAGAACUAUGGUCAUUGACGAACCUUCUUGGUUUGUAUCUUGGAGAAAACAACUUAAACGGGAAGCUCCAUGCAUCUAUAGGAAACUUGACAUCUCUCACAAUACUUGACUUUGGAGUUAACAAUAUGGAAGGAGAAAUUCCGGAUGAUAUAGCUAGAUUGACUCAAAUGAUGGGACUUAGUUUAGAUAUAAACAGAUUCUCUGGUGUUUUCCCUCCCCCCAUCUACAAUUUGUCCUCACUUGAGUAUUUAUCCAUCUUUGGUAACCAUUUCUCGGGUUGUCUGAGACCUGAUUUUGGUAAGCUGUUACCAAACCUAUUUGUGUUAAAUCUGGGAAGUAAUUAUUUUAGAGGAGCCAUUCCAACAACACUUGCCAAUAUCUCGACUCUUCAAAAGCUGGAAAUCGAUGAUAACAAUUUGACAAGAAGUAUUCCUCUGGUCUUGGGAAAAUUAUGGAAUUUGCAAUGGCUAUCUCUUUUUAGCAAUUCUUUGGGAAGUUACUCUUUUGGAGAUCUUGACUUUCUGGUUGCUUUGACUAACUGCACCAAACUAGAAAAAUUAGAGAUUGGUGAUAAUAGGCUCGGGGGUGAUUUACCUACCUUCAUUACGAAUCUCUCCACGAACCUCUACAGUUUAGACAUUGGAACAAAUUUCAUCUUUGGAAGCAUUCCUCGUGACAUUGGGAAUCUCAUAAGCCUACAAAGCCUUGUGUUGAGGGAAAAUAUGUUGAGAGGCGCACUCCCAACUUCUCUUAGCAUGCUUUUCAGAUUGGAGGGAUUAAAUCUCAAUUCAAAUAAAAUGUCAGGACAAAUACCAUCUUUUAUAGGCAACCUCACUCGGUUGGACAGACUGUUUUUGUUCAACAAUAGUUUUGAAGGAACAAUUCCUCUGAGUCUUAGUAACUGUACUUCUCUGCGGCAAUUAUGGAUUGCGUCUAAUAAGUUGAAUGGGACUAUACCUGGGGAAAUUAUGCAAAUUAAGUCCCUUGUUUUUCUAGACAUGUCAGAUAAUUCCUUGACAGGCUCUCUACCAGAAGAUGUAGGACGACUUGAAGCUCUUGUCUAUCUAUCUGUUGCGUAUAAUAAACUAUCUGGACAUCUCCCACAUUCCUUGGGAAAUUGUCUCUCGAUGGAAACACUUUUGUUGCAAGGAAACUAUUUUGAUGGAGCCAUUCCGGAUAUAAAAGGGUUAAAAGGUGUUCAAAGAGUUGAUUUCUCAAACAAUAAUCUCUCAGGGAGUAUACCUGCAUAUUUUGCAAACUUUUCCUCGUUGGAAUAUCUUAAUCUAUCCAUCAACAACUUCGAGGGAAGUGCACCAACAGAUGGAAUAUUUCAGAAUGCUACAAUAGUUUCAGUAUUUGGAAACAAAAAUCUCUGUGGAGACAUCAAGGAAUUGAAACUAAAGCCAUGCUUAAGGGGAGCUCCACCGAUGGGAUCAAAGCAUUCUACUCGUUUAAAAAGAGUUGUGAUCGGAGUAAGCAUAGGCAUGGCUUUGCUUUUGCUGCUUCUCGUAGCUUUGGUUUCUCUAUGAAAGCGACCAACCAACGAGUUAUUUGGGGGAAACUUCACCCUCCACAGCUACACCAAGUCGGCGUUGCCGGAAAGAGUCAUGGAUAUUGCUGACAACUCCAUUCUUCACAGCGGUCUCAGAGUCGGUUUCCCUAUUGUUGAGUGCUUAACAUCAGUUUUGGAGGUGGGACUUAGGUGCAGUGAAGAAUAUCCGGCGAACCGGUUGGCAAUGAGUGGAGCUGCAAAGGAGUUAAUCUCGAUCAGAGAGAGGUUUUUUAAAACCAGAAGAACAGCUAGACGUUGAAGUGUUUACGAUCUCUCUACAAACUUUUAAAACCUACCUAAAGGCUAAUUCUGAGGCCUCAAAAACAUCAAUGUUUUCAUAAUGUGUGGUUUUCCUCUUUAUGUACCAUAAUGCUUGCGGAUUAUUGUUGAUGAAUGAUUGUGUUAUUUGCAUACAAAUGUUGUGACAUUGUUACCUUUGCUACAGAGGACUCAACCUAACAGACCAAAACUUUUAAACGAACAAAGACAUAUUGGUACACUACAGGUAAAAGAAAACACUAACCAAUAAAUAUCAAAUUUCAGA